AUGAAGAUCCAGACCGGGGCUACUGGUGUGUACGAAAGAACAUCGAGGUUCAUAAAGGCCGGUGUUUUGCGGGACACUCCUGCUUGGUACACCAUAGUAGGAUCACAUCCGCCCUUUAAUGAUAUGACCAAGAAACAAAAGCUCUUUGAAGCUGGAGCUCAAAAGGCUGAUCCGUUCAAGCAAAUCAAUAUUAAAAAGGCCGAUGGCUACUACAAAACAAGACAUUCCAAAAACGAUUUAAAAGUGCAACACAAUUCAAUUUUCAGGGUUCAAAAGUUGCAAUUCAUUGAAGAUCAAAUUAGAGAUGUUUUCUACCACCAGCAUCCAUGGGAGUUUUCAAGACCAAAGAUUUUAAUUGAAAAUAAUGAUGCUGAUACUUAUAAGAAAUGUGACUGGUCUCACAUGUUGCAAUUGUACAAGCCUUUGGAUGGUGAAUCCGUGGUUCAAAGAACGUUAUGGUUACUAUCUAAUUCUAAACCUACCCCGAUGUCUCUUGAAGAAGCGUAUGAUGCUGCUCGUUUUGAGUUUUAUCAAUUACGUAUGUCUGAAGAAAUGAGUUCUACUGUUUCAAGAGAAGAAUCAGAAUUAUUAGGAGCAGUUUAUCCUACUACACACAUGGAAUGGGGUUUGAAACAAGAAGCUGAAUAUAUUGAUCCAUGGACCGUGGCAGCAGCUGAAAUGACUCAAAUUAAGGAAUCAGGCAAGAGUUCCAAAUCUAAAGAAGGAUCUAUGGGGUCUGAAUCUACAGUUGCCAGAGAAUCUAUAUGGGAAUCAGCCAUUGUAGAAGGAGGAGAAUCUUCACAAUAA